AUGCAGAGCUGCGCCAAGUCCUGGGGGAUCUUCUUGGCCAAGUCGGUGAAUCCCAGCGCACCGUGCAGGCGUCUGAGUGACAAGAGCCGCGUGGUUUGGAAACUUCAGUGCAGGAUCCGAAAUAGCGGGGCAUCCCUACCGACAGCAGCCCGAGGUCUGAGGACGUCUGCGGCCGUCUCCUCCAGACAGAUAGAGAGAAUAUUACCCAAACAUGAUGAUUUUGCAGAGAGGCACAUUGGUCCAGGUGAGAGGGAGAAGAGAGAAAUGCUGGAUGCUCUGGGAGUCGAGUCGAUCGACCAGUUGAUCGAAAACACGAUUCCAGCCUCCAUCCGCAUGCAGCGGAGUAUGAAAAUGGAUGAUCCAAUCUGUGAGAACGAGGUUUUGGACACUCUACAGAAGAUUGCAGCCAAGAACAAAGUAUGGAGGUCCUACAUCGGCAUGGGCUACUACAACUGCUCAGUACCACCGCCCAUCCAGCGUAAUCUUCUGGAGAAUUCAGGCUGGGUGACUCAGUAUACACCCUACCAGCCUGAGGUCUCUCAAGGUCGCCUGGAGUCGCUUCUCAACUACCAGACCAUGAUCUGUGACAUCACUGGCAUGCCUAUGGCAAAUGCCUCCUUGCUCGACGAGGGAACGGCUGCAGCUGAAGCCAUGCAGCUCUGCCACAGGCAAAACAAAAGAAGAACCUUCUACAUUGACCCACGUUGCCAUCCCCAGACCAUUGCUGUGGUGCAGACCAGAGCCAACUACAUCGGGGUGAAAACACUGCUGAAGCUGCCUCAUGAGAUGGACUUCAGUGGGAAGGAUGUGAGCGGUGUGCUCUUCCAGUAUCCUGACACCGAUGGCAGGGUGGAAGACUUCACAGCCCUCGUGGACCGGGCGCACAAGGGAGGGGCCCUGGCAUGCUGUGCCACAGAUCUGUUGGCCCUCUGUGUGCUGCGUCCUCCUGGCGAGUUUGGCGUAGAUAUCGCCCUGGGCAGUUCCCAGAGAUUUGGGGUUCCUCUCUGCUACGGUGGUCCCCAUGCUGCCUUCUUUGCUGUGAAAGACAACCUGAUCCGGAUGAUGCCUGGCAGAAUGGUUGGAGUCACCAGGGACGCGGCUGGUAAGGAGGUGUAUCGGCUUGCUCUGCAGACCAGAGAGCAGCACAUUCGCAGAGACAAGGCAACCAGCAACAUCUGCACCGCACAGGCUCUGCUAGCCAACAUGGCUGCUAUGUUUGCACUGUAUCAUGGUCCUCAGGGACUCAAACACAUCGCUGAGAGAACACACAAUGCUGCUCUGAUCCUUGCUGAAGGUCUGAAGAGAGCAGGGCACCGGCUGCACAGUGACAUGUUCUUCGACACUCUAAAGAUCAACUGCAGCGUAGCAGCCAAAGACAUCUUUGAGAGAGCUGCCCAGAGGCAGAUAAACCUGAGAGUCUACACCGAGGGAGUGUUGGGUGUCUCUCUGGAUGAGACGGUGACUGAGAGGGACUUGGACGACCUGCUUUGGGUCUUUGGCUGCGAAUCUUCAGCUGAGCUGAUUGCUGAAAAGAUGGGAGAGCGGGUUAAGGGGAUCAUGGGAAGUCCUUUCAAGAGGACGAGCAAGUACCUCACACACCAGGUCUUUAACAGUUAUCACUCUGAGACCAACAUUGUGCGAUACAUGAAGCGCCUGGAGAACAAAGACAUCUCCCUGGUGCACAGCAUGAUACCACUGGGCUCCUGCACCAUGAAGCUCAACAGCUCUUCAGAGCUCAUGCCAAUCACCUGGAGGGAGUUUGCCAAUAUCCACCCCUUCGUGCCUCUGGACCAGGCUGACGGCUACCAAAAGCUCUUCAGACAGCUGGAGAGGGACCUCUGUGAGGUGACGGGCUAUGACAGCAUCUCCUUCCAGCCAAACAGUGGUGCUCAGGGAGAAUAUGCUGGCCUGGCUGCCAUAAAAGCCUACCUGAACUCAAAGGGAGAGAGCUCCAGAAGUGUCUGUCUGAUCCCCAAGUCAGCACACGGCACCAACCCAGCGAGCGCUCAGAUGGCCGGCAUGAAGGUUCAGGUGGUGGAAGUGGACAAAGACGGCAACAUCGACCUACCACACCUCAAGGCGCUGGUGGACAAACACAAGGCGAGUCUGGCAGCCAUGAUGAUCACCUACCCCUCCACCUUUGGUGUGUUUGAGGAGCAGAUCAGAGACGUAUGUGAUCUUAUUCAUGAGAAUGGAGGCCAGGUGUACCUGGAUGGUGCCAACAUGAAUGCCCAGGUGGGUCUGUGUCGUCCUGGAGAUUAUGGCUCCGACGUGUCUCAUCUCAACCUGCACAAAACCUUCUGCAUCCCUCAUGGUGGAGGAGGACCUGGCAUGGGGCCAAUUGGAGUGAAGGCCCACCUUGCCCCCUUCCUGCCGAGCCACCCGGUGGUUCCCAUGCAUUCAGUCAACACCGGCAGCUCGCUGGGCACCAUCAGCGCCGCCCCCUGGGGCUCCAGCGCCAUCCUGCCAAUCUCCUGGGCUUACAUCAAGAUGAUGGGAUCCAAAGGACUGCGACACGCUACAGAGGUGGCCAUCCUCAACGCCAACUACAUGGCCAAGAGGCUGGAAGGUCACUAUAAGGUCCUCUUCAGAGGCAGGAAAGGUUUUGUAGCCCACGAGUUUAUUCUGGAUGUGAGGCCUUUCAAGAAGACUGCGAACAUUGAGGCUGUCGACGUGGCCAAGAGGCUGCAAGAUUACGGUUUCCAUGCACCCACCAUGUCGUGGCCGGUGGCUGGCACCCUCAUGAUUGAGCCCACAGAGUCGGAGGACAAGGCUGAGAUGGACCGCUUCUGCGACGCCCUGCUUGGUAUCCGACAGGAGAUCGCAGACAUCGAGGAGGGACGGAUGGACUCCCGCAUCAACCCACUCAAGAUGGCUCCUCACUCUCUGGCCUGCAUCGCAUCCUCCAACUGGGACCGACCCUACUCCAGGGAGCAUGCUGCUUUCCCCCUGCCCUUCAUUAGGCCUGAGACCAAAUUCUGGCCGAGCAUCUCCAGGAUCGAUGACAUAUAUGGCGACCAGCACCUCAUGUGCACCUGCCCACCCAUGGAGAUGUACGAGUCUCCGUACGAGGAGAAGAGAGCCUCCUCAUAGGUGCUCCCUGUGGUCCAGUCACAAUGUCCGGCCUGAGCUGUAAAACCUCACAGACUUUUAACACCAGUUUGUUCAGUGAGACAUGUGAAAGCAGGAGGGUUGAAACACUACCUGGUGAAAUCACGUUAGCUGGGAGAGAAGCAUUUUUGUCACCAUAAAAGUGUGAUGUCAUAUUUCAGAUGUAGUUUUAUAAAAUAGAGACUUUUGCUCACUUGUCUACAGAAAAAUUGGCCUCUGUAUUAAAGUGUUUGAUCAAAUUGGGUAAAAACAAAUCAAUACUGUGCUCUGUAAAAGUUUAGCGCCUGCGCCUACAGCAGGGCAAGAAGUGUGUAAAGUUGGGGCUCAGAAGGCUGCAAAAGAGCUCUCAAGCACUCGUUGAUUUCCUAAUGUAACAGCCCUGAGCUCCAGACUUAAUACGAAUGAAUUUAAGUCUGUGAGGUGGACACUGGGACGGGGCGCCGUGGCUGAUCACACCCUUCUUAGAGGGAUCACUUGAACUGUUCUAAUGGACCAAAGGUGCAACUGUUGCUUUUCCAAGUCGCAAAAUAAGUGCACCCGUCGACACCGAGGCCGCUCCGUAACAAACCUCUGAAAUACUGUAUUUUAAGUUGAGUACAGUUAAUUUCUAGACUCCCACCAUCUAUAAAAUGACCUUGGUGCCUCAAUUCUGUUGUGUAAAAUAGUUGCCUUGACUUUCCUUUUUUUUCUUUUUCAAAUACUAUGACAAAACAUAGGUGGUAGUUUAUUGUAGGCUUUUGUUAAUAUGCACCUGUUGUAUGAAAAUGUUUUAAUGUGUUUUGUGACAUUUGCUUGAUCAAGUAGAUGAGUACAGUCUUAAUUCUAAAUUAAUUAUUUUCUAAUCUAAACUGUUUUGUGUGUAGAAAAAAAUGUCCGGAUUAAACAUUUUUGUCUUUAA